AUGGGUGAAAAGCUCUCCGGUGCAAAUGCCAGUUCAUUUCGAUCACUUGUAGCUGGCUAUGCUAAAGAUUCGUAUAAUGUUUAUUAUAUGGGUAAAAAGCUCUCCGGUGCAAAUGCCAGUUCAUUUCAAUCACUUGGAGCUGGCUAUGCCAAAGAUUCUCAUGGAACUUAUUUUAUGGGCCAAAGAUAUGUUACAAAAGAAAUUCAAAUUGUUCAAAUGGAAUUAAGUUAG